AUGAAGCGGCAAACGGCCGGCAAUUACUCAGCUGGACACGAAGAGAGAGAAUUCCCCAAUCGGAGCAAUGGCAAACGGCUGGACCCACCCGGCUGGAAACGAUUCGCGAACUUGGUGGCGAUUGUGAUCCUGUCCCGAGGAAAAUGCGGUCUCUCCAAAUGUAUCACUCUCUACCUUGUGGGAAUGGCAGCGGCCGAUCUCCUGGUCGUCAUUUCGAAUCCACUGCUGAAGUGGACUGCUGGGAUUUAUUUUUCCCGAUCAUUCCUGUUCAUCACUGCUGUAUGCAGACCCGUCACCUGGUUGAUGUUUGCGAGCACAGCAACCUCAGUCUGGCUGACUGUUGCUUUCACCGUCGAUCGAUUUGUGGCUAUUUGCUGUGAGAAGCUGAAAACCACAUAUUGCACCGAGAGAACGGCGGCUGUGGUUAUCGGGACAGUGAGUGUGCUGGCCUGUUUGGAGACUGUCCCCUGGGGCUUUGUGUACGGGGCUGGAAAAAUAAUUGAUGGUGUUUCUUGGUAUUGUGUUUUAACACCGAGCUUCACAAACUCUCCCUCAUGGGCCGCAUUUGAGAUUUUUCACCGCAUGUUCUACCCUUGCGUCCCUUUCAUUCUGAUGUUGCUGUUCAAUAUUCUGACUGUCAGGCGGAUUCUAGCUGCCAGUCGAGCCCGCAGGGGGCUCCGGGGACAAAAGGGUGGAGAGAAUGACAAGGACCGGGAGUUGGAGAACCGACGCAAAUCCAUCGUUUUGCUGUUCUGCAUCACCGGUAGUUUCAUAUUGUUGUGGGGAACAAUGGUGGUAUUUUCUAUCUAUAGACGGAUUACAAACAGUUAUGUUCGUUCUGUCACGGAUCCUCGUUACGUCACAGACCAAACAUCGAUAAUGCUGCAGAUUCUCAGUUCCUGCACCAACACGUGUAUUUACGUCGUGACUCAGAGCAAAUUCCGAGAGGAACUAAAGAAUACGGUGAAAUACCCACGGAAUCUGAUUUUGAAACUCAUGAAACGUUAG